GGUGGCGUAGAAAACAACCCUCCAGCACCAGCAGCGUUCUCAGCUGGAGAGAGCGAGACAAGCAGGCAGAAUAUGCCAGAGUGCAAAGUGUGGCGAAAUCCUCUCAAUCUUUUCAGAGGGGCAGAGUAUAGCAGAUACAUGUGGGUGACUGGGAAGGAGCCUCUUACUUACUACGACAUGAAUUUGUCUGCUCAAGAUCAUCAGAACUUUUUCACGUGUGAUACAGAUGCCCUUCGGCCCUCAGAUACAGUUAUGCAGAAAGCGUGGCGAGAGAGAAACCCUCAAGCCCGGAUUAAAGCAGCAUACCAAGCUUUAGAGUUGAACAAUGAUUGUGCCACUGCCUACGUCCUCCUGGCUGAGGAAGAAGCAACAACUAUUGUAGAUGCUGAGAAGUAUUUCAAGCAGGCUCUGAAAGCAGGAGAAAUGAUUUACAGAAAGUCUCAGAACUGCCAUUCCCAAAGUCCCCAGCAUGAAGCACAGCUGAGAAGAGACACCAAUGUGUUGGUCUAUGUGAAAAGGAGAUUAGCUAUGUGUGCAAGAAAACUUGGAAGAAUACGAGAAGCAGUAAAAAUGAUGAGGGAUUUGAUGAAAGAGUUUCCACUUCUCAGCAUGCUGAAUAUUCAUGAGAACCUCCUGGAGGCACUGCUGGAGUUACAGGCUUACGCAGAUGUCCAAGCAGUUCUAGCGAAAUAUGAUGAUAUCAGUCUUCCAAAAUCGGCAGCAAUAUGUUACACUGCAGCCUUGUUAAAAGCCAGAGCUGUUUCAGAAAGGUUCUCCCCAGAAACUGCCUCCAAAAGAGGGCUCAGUACAGCAGAAAUCAAUGCUGUGGAAGCAAUUCACAGAGCUGUGGAAUUUAACCCUCAUGUUCCAAAGUAUUUACUAGAAAUGAAAAGCUUAGUGCUACCUCCAGAGCAUAUUCUGAAGCGCGGGGACAGUGAGGCAGUUGCAUAUGCUUUUUUUCACCUCCAGCACUGGAAGAGGAUAGAAGGGGCUCUAAAUCUGCUGCACUGUACAUGGGAAGGCACAUUUAGGAUGAUCCCGUACCCGUUAGAGAAGGGUCACCUUUUCUAUCCCUAUCCGAGUUGCACAGAAACGGCAGACAGAGAACUGUUGCCAACAUUUCAUGAAGUCUCCGUUUACCCACAGAAGGAGCUUCCCUUUUUCAUCCAUUUCACAGCAGGCCUAUGUUCCUUCUCGGCCAUGCUCGCCCUCCUCACGCACCAGUUCCCUGAGCUGAUGGUCCUUUUCGCUAAAGCUCAGUGGAAGACUGCAGUGCAAGAGCCUCAGAAAGUAAAUUUGUUGAUGGAAGACUUUGAGAAGUGAGUAAAAAGCAGGCUGGGCUGCAGGAAAAACAGGUCUCUUGGUGAGCACUGGAAAUUAGUAGCAUGAUGGGAACGGAAUGGAUGAGAAUGGAGGUGAAGUAACUUCCAAGCCGGGUUCAGAAGUCAGUUAGCUGUCACUUGCCUUUGGGGAACUAGACCGGUGGUUUUAUAUCUCAUCUGGUUCCAGUUAUUAGAUUGAGAACACGUUCAGUGACCACAGUUCUGUCAUUUGAGUACCCGUUCAAGUGUAGAAAUUGGACUUGACAGCAGCAAACAGGCUUUUAGCUGGAUACGUUUCUAAUCUGUGCUGCUUCAAACAUCUCUAAAUACGUGCUGUUGAGCCAUUUGUUCUUACGGGCGCCUUCUGUGCCCACCUCCUUCCUCCUCCCCUCUGCCCUGCUCUUGUCAGGGUUUCUUUUCCGUGCUUAUCUGUUAAUAUUGCUGCUGGCUGUAACCUUGUCAUCUUUCCCCGGACGUUGAAAGCUGUGCUGUCUUACUUUGUUAGAGAAGCUGCAUAGGCAGCUUCCCCUCCCCGCUUCUCAAACUAAGCCAUGCGGCAUAUUUGGCCGUUACUGAACUAUGGCUCUCAUGCAGUAGAGCGGAGUGGCAAAUAGAGAGCUCUGAACUCUCAAUGCAUCGUUUAUUCUAGCUUUGCUAGUCAAAAUAGAGGGUGAAAGGCAUUCGGCUUUCUUGCUGUUCUAAUGCAGCAGGUAAUGGAGACCUGGGAGGUAAGUCGUCUUUCUUAAGCAUACUUUGUUCCUAAAAGCGCUGGCUUUGCUAGCGAUUCUAGCCUGCAGCGUCCAAGUCAUGCAGGUCUGAGAGUGGGGCCUCAUUUCCACACAGUUCUGUUGAUCUUUAUGUUGGAAAACGCAGUUGGACAUGCCAGUGACAAAUUUCAGUGCUGCUCAUAAUUGGCUGGGUUCAUAGUUACUAGGGUCUAACUAUCUGCUUGGGUAAGUCUGCAAGGACUGCAUUAGCAAAGUUGUACGAUUUCCAGAGAGAUACAAGGUCAAAUGUUAUGCUAACAAAGAAUUGCUUGGUGAAGUUCUCUCUGCUGGAUUGCUUGAACCACAAAAAGAUUUUGUACAAGUUAGUUGGCUUUGCAUAAUGGCAUUUUGAAUGUCAAGUGUACGUGUCCAAGUGCAGGGGAAAAAACUCCCAGGGUUUGGUUGUUUGGCAUUGUGUUUUUCGCCUCUUUUCGAUAGGAAAGGAUGGAUUGGAUUGUGUCUGGUCAGCUGAAAAGAUGAUCGAGAAGCGUGCACGUUGCUGCAUCGUUCCACCAACCAGGUCACGGUGGUGGCAGGCACGGACAAAGGCGCUCUUGCCACUCGCUGUGCUAGCUGAAUGCUGGCACGAGUGGAAAUGGCACCGAGAUGAACAGACAAGAAGUGAAUUCUGUGUAACCUCUUGCGAUUGACAGCUGAGAAGGAAAUACCAUCUACCGGUAUUCCGCUGUUUUAGGCAGAAUUAACAUUAACUCCCAAUCAUACUCUAAUGAGUAAUAUUCUUCUUUAGUUUAAUUAUUAGGUUAUUGUGCUCUUGAUCCCAUUCCUGAUGUUUUCAGAAGCAUUCAGAAAACUUGUAUGAAACAAACGGUAUUCAAUAUCGAACUAACACUUCCAAUUCUAUUCAUAGAUUGCUUCAGUAUUUUAACCAGAGAGAACGCUGGGAUGGCCGCUUUAUAAAGCAUUCUCUCGUGGGCAGGAGGUGUGUUGCAGUAGCAUCCACUUGAAUUUCCAUACCAGAAAUGGAAGUUUACCUUCAUUUUAAUGACACCCGCUCUCCAUCCGAGAGUACUGUACUAAAACAAUUAUUAUUUGCUGUAUCUCAUGUUAUACCUUCAGGUAGUUCCAGCGCUUCAAACUUUCUAAAUGAAAUUAUUUUCCCUGUGUAUUUCAUUAUUGCAAAUGUUUUUUCAUGAUACUGUGUUUUAACUUCUUAAAUACAGUAAUUUGAGGUAAUGAAGUUCUAGAUGGUAGAUACCUGGAGCGCUUGGCCUUUGUGAAAAGGCGAUACAAAAUAUAUUUCAAAAAAAUUGUUGAAUUUCCAACAAAUCCAGAGCACAGUUUUACGAAUGACAGUUGGAAAGUAUCACGUAUAUGGAAUUUUUCACGUAUAUGGAAUUUUUCACUAUAAAUCUCUAAGUGACUUAAAUAUGACAGAAUCACAGAAUGGGAAGGGUUGGAAGGGACCUCGAUUACAUUUCAGUUGCUUCUUAGUCAAACUGUUGCUUCCAGCAAUUGAAUCUGCAGCGAACUGCGUGCCUCUAACGGGUGUUAAGGAGCUGAAUACCUUUCUAUUGACUUGAAAA